AUGACUGGUAAUGAAGACUCGCCAAAGACCAUGUCUAAAGAACCCACUCUACUGAGGCAGCCUUCAAUUGCACUUCUUCCUCAAGCCUCACUGAUAACAGGAACCCUGCUGGCCAAUCCAACAACAGCUGUAUCUCACACACAAGCAGAGAUAACAUGGAACAUAGAAGACACCGAACGAUCCACACUCGCUAGCCCUAGGCUAAGACCAAUUCACCUGAGUGCAACGUCUAUUGGAGAUGGGGAGAGCUUUGGUAAUCUGCAAAGCGAGGCCGAGGAUGGCUUGGUGAGUGAUGAUGAGGAAACAGAAACGAAUCACUUGACUGAGUUACUACAGAACCUAAUGGCCCACGAUAUCGGGAAGGCAAGGAACUUUGGUGACUCGUCCUUGCAGCAUUCUAACAUUAUGUUUGGAGAAGAUGGAGAGGUUGAUGAGGAAUUCAUUGAAUCAAGGUUUAUCCCAGACAAGCUGGACUCGUCUGAGGUAUUCCACAAGAAGUUGAAGCAUCUUUUCGUGUUGUCGUCCGCAGGCAAACCGAUUUACUCUCUUAAUGGCUCUGAUGACGCCAUUAUGGGCUACAUGGGUCUUAUCACAACGAUUGUCUCGACGUACCAAGAAAACAUGAAGACCGAGUUCAACCACAUAACUCAGGAUGGCUUCAGGCUCGUGGUGAUGAAUAAAAGUCCGCUUAUCCUUGUUUUGAUCACUAGAGUCGUCUAUGAAUUGAACUUAGCAUCUGAUGAUAUUAAAUCCACGUUAGAAAGGCAGCUCCAAGCAACAUACAUGUACCUUGUCUCGGUCCUAUCAGCACCAGUCAUAAAGAGGAGUUUCGAAAGAAGAAUGAACUACGAUCUCCGAAAGAUCUUAUCAAAUCAGGAUAUUGCAUUCUUAGAUGCCAUGAAUAUGAAACUGACAUAUGGAUUCUCCGUCCAAAAGGACGGCCACUUCUAUCUUGAUAGCAGCUUUUACAUCAGUCAAUUGUUGGGCUGGGCGUUCCGAUGUGUGAGAACAACUCAUACAACUAGGUCAAAGGUCGGAUCCAUUUUGCUUUCUGCAAAAAAAUUGACUGUCAAAGAAUCUGGUUCUGAUACAGCAUCAAUCAUCAGCAAGGCUUCCAUGACGGAGACUAAGCGGUACCUCGCAAAUGACCUCCUUUUCGGAUUUGUUUGUGUGAAUGAAGAAGUUUUAACGUACAUUCGGCCGUCCCAGCAUAAACUUCUGAAUGAGGAUAUCAAUAUGCUUCUAUCCAUCAUUUCAUUCCAUUUCAAAACGGGAAAUCAGCAAUCAGACUUGUGGAUCCCUCUUUGCAUGCCCAACUUCAAUAAUUCUGGGUUCUUAUAUGUUUACGUGAGAAGGUUCGAUCUAGUUGGUUACAACGAGCCAUUGUCAUUGAUUCUCUUGGGUGCAAAUAAGAACAGCUUCUUUGACUUGAGACAAGUUGGUCAGUACAUCAUCAACCGAAUUUUCGAAAACAAGCAUCUCAAAACUACAUUGACUUCGGAACUCGUUCAAAUGGGAGAUGCAAUGAAACUCAUCAAAGGGUUGGAAUGCCCUUUUAUUAAGCAUUUCAUUUACAGGAGAAAGAAUGGAAACCAGUAUUUCAUGGAUGAUAUCAAUUUUUUGACCCGAGGUGAGGACAAAUACAACAAUGUCGCUGCGUUUCUUCAGAUACUUUAUUUCUACACCACUUUGCACAACUGCAAGAGCGGCAAAGAAACUUACAUACACGAGAUGGCAAAGGAAAGAUGGAUGGAUAACAGGGUUUCUAUUAACAAGCAAAGACUAUGA